AUGAAAUAUAUCUUGCAGUGGUCAUCUCCCCGUAAUGUUCCUUUCAUAUACAUGGGGGUAGGACAGAGUGGCUUUAUUGAGAGAAACUGUACACAUACUAAUUGUUUUGUUACAAGUGAUAGAAAUUAUUUUGGAGACUAUACAAAAUUUGACGUCGUUGCGUUCCAUGGACCGGAAAUCGGAAGGCACCUUUAUGAUGUACCAAAAAGAAGGUCACUUCAUCAAAAGUUCGUGUUUGCGAGUAUUGAAUCAGCAGAUAACUACCCAGUUUGUUAUAAGGAACUCGAUAACUUUUUCAAUUGGACGUGGACUUACAAGUUAACUUCAGAUGCAAGAUGGGGUUAUAUAGUAGUGCGGGAUGCAAAUAAUAAGGUGAUAGGACCAAAUGUUGAAAUGCAUUGGAUGAAAAUAGAAGAAAUGGCCCCCGUUAGCGAAGAAUUCAAAGAAAAAUUGAAGACCAAAACUAAAGCAGCGGCUUGGUUUGUCUCUAAUUGCAGUGCGAGGAGCGGUCGAAGAAAUGUUGUAACUAAACUAACGGAAUCAUUAAAGAAAUAUGGAUUAAGUAUCGAUGUGUAUGGUAAUUGUGGUACUUUGAAAUGUCCUUCGAACGAACAAGAUAAGUGUACUAAAUUGAUUGAAACAGAUUAUUAUUUUUAUUUGUCUUUCGAAAAUUCAUUUGCUGAGGAUUAUGUAACGGAAAAAUUGUUACAUCCACUACGAAACAACGCUGUUCCAAUUGUUUAUGGUGAUGCAAAUUAUACAAGAUUCAUGCCAGAUGGUAUAUACUUAAAUGCCAGACAACUAGGUCCUGAAAAGUUAGCAGCGAAAAUGAACGAGUUAAUAUUAAAUCCGGAUCUAUAUGCAGAUUAUUUCAGAUGGAAAAACCACUAUUCGUAUCAUAGUAGAGAUGAAAGCAUUGAAACAAAUGACUAUUGCAGGUUUUGUUCCAUGCUUAAUGAUGAAGAAUUGGUGAAAAAAGUAACGACAUAUCCAAAUUUUAGGCAAUGGUGGAAUCUUCCUAAUCGAUGUUAAUUUAUUGAUAAUUGUUAAAUAUUGUAAUUAGAUACAAAAAAUGUUUUGCAAAUUAAUUUAAUUUAUUGAUAAGACAUAACAAAUGCAUGUAUUUUGAAAUCUCGAUUUUUUUUUGUGUUAUUGUCCACUUCUAGUUUCUGAUGCUAAAUUGUAAUUUUUUUUUAUCUUCAUUAGAAAUAUAAAGGUUUUAAACAUU